CCUCUAUGGGCGGUGCGGUGCUGUAAGAGUAACGGCUGGUCAUGGCGACUCGUCGGUCUCUGCACUUCGUGUUCAAAGUGGGAAACCGCUUCCAGACGGCGUGUUUCUAUCGUGAUGUCCUGGGAAUGAAGAUUCUUCGGCAUGAGGAAUUUGAGGAAGGCUGCAGAGCUGCCUGUAAUGGGCCUUAUGAUGGAAAAUGGAGUAAAACAAUGGUGGGAUUUGGACCUGAGGAUGAUCAUUUUGUUGCAGAACUGACUUACAAUUACGGCAUUGGCAACUACAAGCUUGGCAAUGACUUCAUGGGUAUCACGCUCGCUUCUAGCCAGGCCGUCAGCAACGCCAGGAAGCUGGAGUGGCCACUCAGUGAAGUGGCAGAAGGUGUUUUUGAAACCAAAGCUCCAGGAGGAUAUAAGUUCUAUUUGCAGAACCGCAGUCCACCUCAGUCAGAUCCUGUAUUAAAAGUAACUCUAGCAGUGUCUGAUCUUCAGAAGUCCUUGAACUACUGGUCUAAUCUACUGGGAAUGAAAAUUUAUGAAAAAGAUGAAAAGAAGCAGAAGGCUUUGCUGGGCUAUGCUGAUAACCAGUGUAAGCUGGAGCUACAGGGCAUCCAAGGGGCAGUUGUUCAUGCAACAGCUUUUGGACGAAUUGCCUUUUCUUGCCCCCAGAAAGAGUUGUCAGACUUAGAAGAUUUGAUGAAAAGGGAGAACCAGAAGAUUCUGACUCCCCUGGUGAGUCUGGACACUCCAGGGAAAGCAACAGUGCAAGUUAUCAUUUUGGCCGACCCUGAUGGACAUGAAAUUUGCUUUGUGGGGGAUGAAGCAUUUCGAGAACUCUCUAAGAUGGAUCCAGAAGGAAGCAAAUUAUUGGAUGACGCAAUGGCAAAAGAUAAAAGUGAUGAAUGGUUUGCUGCACAAAAUAAACCAAAGGCUUCAGGUUAACGGAAGACAUCACGUGGAACAAGCAUUAGUGAUUCCUGUCGAACACCUGUGAGGCCUGAUGUGUGCAUUAUGUGACAAAUGUUCUCACAACUUGGUGGUUUCCUGUAUAGGCAGAGAGGCUGGGUGGUGAAGAUUUGUGUAUUUUUAUCUUUGAGAGCUCUGAUAUAUCUUAGAGAGAAAAUCCUAUCAUUAUCAGUCCAUCUAGAGGAGAGCUCUUGCUGUCAUCUGUGCCAUCCCUGGAAGGGUACAUUUUUUGUGUAACUGUAUUAACAUUAGUAGUCAGUUCUUCUGCAGCCUGGGACAGCUGUAUUGAACAGGACCUUUGGUUGGGAAUGGAGGGAAUUUUGAUAAGUAUGUAGAUUUAAUGAGAACAAAUAAACCCAAAUCAAUUGCUUACAGCAGGAGUACUUCUAGUACCUGGUGACAGUAUGCUGUUCUAAUGUCUUAACUCUGGCAGGCCUUGACCAAUAAAAACUUUUAAAGAAAUUUUGUGCCUUGAACCAAAAGACUUGGUUAACGUUCCCACAUUUUUUGCUUUAAAUUUUUGAGUAGCCAGAGAAAACAGACAAAAGGAUCUAAUGUAUUAAUGUUGCUACACGCCUGGCUCUGCGCUAGUUUCUCUCCCUCUCUCUCGCUCUAUAUUUUUUUCUUUUAAUCCUCGUAAGAAGAGACCAUGUUAGAUUUCUUAGUGAUGGAUUAGAUGAUUUCUUCAGCAUGAAAAACUUUUUAAA